AUGAAGUCUCUGUUUUCUAUCGUCAUUUCACUCUUCACUUUUAUGCUCUUUGUGGGCCCCGCUGCUGCUCAAUUUGAAAACAUUUUCCAGAACUUGUUUCGCCAACAACAACAACAUCAAAGACCAGCCAUCCCCAAGGUCUCAGACAGUUACUACCAGUCUGACUGCGAUAAGUACUUGUGCCAGGAUACACUGGCGUGUGUCGCAACUCCUGUCGAUUGCCCGUGCUUAUGGCCCGACUCUCAGAUCAAGUGCAUUUUGCCCAACAAGAAAAACUAUGUGUGCAUUUCCCGACCAGCACCCGGUGAUCCUGCCCCCCGUGAUUGUGCAUUUGUCAAUAAGGCCUACAAGGGAACGGUCUAA